AGAUGUUCAGAUAAAUUCCUCAUAUUCCUAAUAUUUCUCAGCAAAAAUAAGUUUGCGCACAGUUAAAGAAGUCCUUACCGACCGAGUGAAAAAAGCGCGAAAUUUUCAAAUAAAAAUAUUCAAUUUCGUGUCCAAUUCACUUAUUUUUAAGAUUUUGCAACCUUGAAAAUUAAUUUAUUAAUUCUCACAGAUUAAUUAAAACAUUAAAUUUUGAUGUUUUUCUUUCAACUAAUUUUCUUCAACUUUUUAUCUCAUUCCAUUCGACUGGUUCGAACAUGGCUGCCGGGAGAAGAUCAAUAGGGAUGCAUGAAAGAUUAUUCGUCCCGUGUUGUUGAACGUCGGCAGUGACUCUACGCCGAUUGUCGCCUGCCUGCAUGCCGCCUCCUUUUUCCCGGGUGCGGCGCAGCCGACAGCGACGCAGAGCCUCGUUUAAUUCCUAUGCGUGUGCAUGGUGCGCGCGCGCUCCGUUCAGCUGAUCCACGGUCGACGAGUGAAAGUGCUGCUCCGAAUACCUGUCGAGCCGUGAAGAGAUCGCGGCCUGAUUCGUGUGCAGCGCGAUGCGUCGGGCGCGAGGUGACGACGUUCGGCCGUACACCGAAAGUUCCUAAUGCAACUUUAGCUUGUUUUUAUGUUGGAAUUUGCCAAUAUUCAUGGAAAAAGGAUUGGAUUGUUGACAGUUGUUGUGGCUUUAAUAUGCAUACUUGGAACCUCCUCACUUACUGUGUGCAGCGUGAUAAUAUGUAAUAGUGUAUGCUUCAAAAUGUCCCAUUAUUGACAUUUAGAGAAGAAAUUGUAUCGCCUUUAACAUGGCCAUUGGGAACUUCUUUUCACGUACAUACAGCGCAAUGUUAUUUACGUAAUAAUAAUCUGUAUCUCUGGGCGACACAUUGUUCCCAUUGUGUGUUGCAUUUGAUAUUCGAGGGUGAGAUUGCAUUUUCAACAGUGGUGAAUUUAAUAUGGACAGUCUGCAACUGAUUCUGGUGGCCUUCUUUACAUUUGUCUGCGGUAUAAUAUGUACCCUGGCAUUGCAGUUCUACCUGUUUAAAAGGUAUUUGGACUCGGGACCUCAGGUUGCACCACCAGAGAGGCUGCUGCAGCAUGGCAGGGCACAGUUACCUAAGGAGCUGGUGGAGCAGAUACAGGAAGAAGCUCGAACGAGCUCGAACAACAGUAUGUCCCGUCAGGCAAUGUCCCAGGGCAAUGAAAAUCUGGCCAUUAAUCUCACGCUGCAGUUUCUCUUCAACGAGCUACGAAACGCCGAGCGAGUACGUCUGUGGCUUUACAGAAAAUUGAAUAACGAGUUCAAGGAGCUCCUUACGCAGUCGACCACCGCCAAACUAUUGGACAGUGUGAAAUUGAGAGACUUGAACCUCGGCACACAAUUUCCGACGAUAAAGGGUUUGGAAGUCGCCGAUUCGAAAAUCGAUGCCGACACGGGUUUGCUCGAGUCUCUGGACUUGGCCUUAGAUUUACAUUACUCAGGAAACUUUCAAUUGUCUAUAGAUGUUAAGAUGCUGCUUGGUAAAACAGCCUACAUGGCGUUGCAAGUGAAACGUAUCAGUGGUAAAGCUAGGCUACAAUUUACUCGUGUACCAUACACACACUGGUCGUUGAGUUUUUACUCGGAUCCAAUCUUGGAAUUAGAAGUGCAAUCGCAGUUCCAGGGCCGUCAGUUACAGCCGCAGAUAAUUUCGAUCAUCACCAGUCAGAUCAGGAGGGCGGUGAAGCGAAAGCACACUCUACCUCGUUACAAGUUGCGUUACAAGCCAUUUUUCCGAAGAUUGAAUGACGAGGCCGUAGAUCUCUCGGAGGUCGCCAGCACUCAACUCACACCAGGAUACUUAGAGGUCGUACUACUGGAGAUCAGCAGAUUAAACCUCACACCGAUUGUUCUCAACAAUGGCGAAGAUGUGUCGCAGAUAGAGGUGUACUGCACCAUGAGUGUGGAUUUCACGCCAUGGAUUUACUUGACACAGUACAGUGGCGUCCCGUACAUGGUGCUGGAUUUGAUCAUCUGUAAGACGGCUUCUCAGCAGUUGGGCGUGGUGUUCAAGCAGGAGGUCGUGUCGGAAAUCGGCCAGAUGUGCGUACUGGUCGAAACUAUAGUGUCCGGCAGUCCGGCGGCGAUCGCCGAGAUGAGGAAAGGCGACAUUCUGGUAGCAGUCGAUGGGAAGAAGGUGUCGAACAUGAAUCAAGUAGCAAAAUUUGUCAAGUCCGCUGUACAGCGACGUUUUAUCAUCAGGGUGGAAAGACGGUAUUCGAAGAGUACGGAUUCAAAUGAAAGAGGACAAAGAAUAGACGAGAAAACGGCUUUCUUGGAAAGAAAGGCAUCAAAAAGCGAUUUCACAAGUAGACUGGACAGCCCGAGUGCAGAAGAUGCCGGAAAAAUUAAAUUUGAGGGGCAGAUCAAGUUCUCCGAUCUACGAGAUUCAGACACUGAUCUUGCGGACACCCGAUCGGAAACUAGUAAGUUCUUCAAGAGAAGAAAAAGCAGCAUCCAAACAGAGGAAGUCGCUCAGACGCCCGAUACUACGCCGUCCCGGCGAAUCUCGACGAUCUCCACAUCUUCGGCGUCAUCCAGCAAUGUUCAAUUUUAUCUUCCGGACGAUAGUAGCAUGACUAAUAUCAGCGAUCUAUAUCACAACACAAAAGAGAAGCAAUGCACCUCUCUUAUCACCUUCGAGGAAACCAAGAGCUUCCGGAUCGAUUCUGAAUUGCAGUACUUGAACGUGGGUGUAUGGGGCCGUGUUAAGGGCAGUGAAAUGUCACCAAAAUUGUUAGGCUACAUAAAUGCGCCUAUAAAAUUAAUCCUGGCGCAAUGUUGCACUUCCACCACUGGACAUUAUCUAAAAUGUCACGCUUUGUUGCCUCCAGAAAGUGUUUCUUUAGCGACCUCCUACGUAAGACUGCAGGGUUACUCGGGAUUCGAUCCGACGCUUUGUUACGGCGACAUUCUGCUAUCGUAUGUAUGGGAAUCUUGUCCAAGCGAUCACGCGGUCAAUGAUUUCGGGAAAAAAGAAAACGCAGAAACUGCCAAAAUUCAACCGAUUCCAAGCGAGAUCGCUGAUAAGAAAAUGCAUGAUUUUAUCAGGACGCACUUCCACAGAGCGACACACUGUGACUUUUGCACAAAGAAGAUCUGGCUAAAAGACGCAGUCCAGUGUCGAGACUGUGGUAUGGUGUGUCAUAAAAAAUGCGAGGCGCGUUGCCAGGCGUCCGGUACUUGCGGCGCAGAGAGUUUAGCAACCCUGGCGUUGGAGGCCGACGAGAUCGAGCUAAAUGUCGGGGAUAUCUCUAGCCCAGAGAUCUCUCUGACCGGAUGCGAAGAUAAUGUACAGGGCGCAAGUAUGAUGGCCGUGAAGGCUAGUAUUGCUAACACUCUAUUGGGCCUGAAGAAGGCUGGAAGUACCAGUUGUUUGGCCCCACCGGCUUCCGGUAUUGGUCUGGCAUCCCGAAGUCUCCCCCCAAGUCCCUGUGCAUCCCGCAAGAGUUCAUUGGCUGGAGGUCUGGGAAUAAGUCCUGACCUCUUGGAGGGUGCUGAGCCAAGUGUUGCAGCUCCACUUAUGGCCGGCGACCUGGACGAUGGUCUUAUGUCAAGGGCCAGGGACACCGGCAAAUUUUUGUACAAGUACUUGGAACCGCAGGAGCGCGUCGAGAAGAUCAACGCAAUGAUGGGAAAAUUAAAGAACGCGCUAGAUGCCGAAACUACCUCAAGAGUGGAACUGUCCCAGAACGGAGACGCGGACAGCACAAAACUGAUCGCGCAGAGCGAUUUGCGAGUACAGGCACUAAGCGUGCUGCUUCUGCACUACUGCGCCGGCUUGCAACAUGCGCAGGAGGCGGUGGAUCGACCACAAGUCAACGAGGAAUCUUAACAGGAGCAUAUUCAAUAAACGCAGCAGCUUUAAGAAAAAAAAUGCAUUUUCCUCAUCCCCGUUCACUAUAAAAAGUGGAAAAUGUAGCGAUAUUUGGUAAUAAAAUAAUAAUGGUUUGCUUUCACCAUUUAUUUCGUAAUGAACAACGACUGGAUAAUAUUAAUGCUACGUUACAUCAAUUUUACGAUGUUAAUAUUGCCGUUUUUUAAUAUUGACGUAAUUUGAUUAAUUGUAAUAUUAAAAUUGUAAUGCUACCAGGUUGUAUAAAAUGCACAGAAGUAUUUACGUAUAUUAUUAUGCACAGAUAAAUAGGGAGCAAAUGUCUAACAGUAUUUAUAAAUAUUCCAGCGGUGUAAAUAUCAGAAUUAUUAUAUCUUAUAUAUAGAUUAUUUUCUCAUUUCUACUAUUUACUGUGUAAUACUUUAGAAAACGUUACUUACGUAGCACUAUUAUAACGUUAUGUGUAACGUUACAUAGUAUUUUUCAAAAUGUAACGUUGAUGCGACAUUAUAACAUUAUACAUAUGAUCAUAAUAUUACGGAGAGAGAGGGAAAGAGAGAGAGAGAGAGAGAGAGUGUGUGUGUGUGUGUGUGUGUGUUUGGAAUGCAUGUUGUACCAAUUGUUCCAAAGUCUAUUCUACAUUAGUCAAUUGAUUGAAUUUUAACUACUCACAUGAACGUCGGUAAGAAGAUAGAGAUGACAAAAUAUAAUUAUUUAUUUACUGGUUGCAAAUUUCAUCUUUAUAAUAGGAAUCUAUUUAAUGACAAAUAUCUGACAUUUACAUUGUUUUCUUAAAAUUAUUUUUUUUUAAAGUAUUUUAUUAUUUUUUAUAUCGCGUAUUUUUUAAUUUACAAGAUUUAAUUCAACAAUCACACACGAAUACGUAAUUAUUCGCACUGUACAGGAUUAAUCGAAAUUCUAUGUAUACGUUACGCAUGUAAAUAAUACAUACGUAAAUUAUACACGGAUAAUAUUCGUGUCUGAGAGCUUCUAAUAAUUUCGUUGAUUUGCGUAUUAUAUUAUUUGCAUUACAUACAUAAUUAUAAUACUCAAAGAUGGGAUAUUGUUCACCAAGAGAGAACACCAAACUCGUUAAAAUUAGUGUUAAUAGAUUAUUAUAAUGAUAAUUAUUAUGUGUAGGGACAUACGUGUAUAUUCACAUAAGAAGAGAAUGCUUUUAUUUGUGAAACGAGUUGCGUUAUUCAGAAAAAGCUUUCCAUAAAAAGUGUGAUUUUCCAAAUGCCUAAUAAAUUACAUUUUAUCUCUGAUAACAAAUUUAUGCGAUAUAUAUUAGAUUUGAGAAUGCAUUAUGUGAUGAACAUAUUAUUAUAACGUGCGAAUUUAUAAAACUAUUUACAGAUUGAGAUGGCGAUCUUUCGUGAUCAUAAGUGAUGAUCUGUACUGGAUAGUUGUGAAUACGGUGCACAAUUGUGCAUUGCGCCAAAUUACAUGUGAUAAGAGGAUCUCUUGCACAUUUCUAAUAACACUUUCAGACUUUAUGUCUUUUGACAAAGCUACUAAACCAAUUUGCGAUCUUACUUGUUUAUUCAGAAUAAUGUUUGACAGAAGUAAUUUUGAUAUUUAUACUUCUUUUUACGUUUCUUAAAUUACAUUACAUUCUGUUGUUGUAAAAUAAUCUUUAUUUAGUAAAUUUAGCAAUUUACUUUUGAAUUGUAAUCGUACAGAAGAAAUGAAAAUAGAGGCCAUGACUUAACGUUUUUUAGUAUCUUAUUUAAGAAUCGCAGAUGGUGCCAAAUAACUUGAACCUCAACACAGAACAUAUCUAUAAACUGGAACAAUUAUACUGAAUGGCAUUAAAAGAUAUAUUCGCAUAUUGAGGACGAAGAGAGAGUAUAUUUAUGAUAUCAAGAAAGCUGAUAGCGAAAGAAUUGGCGUUAUAUUUAACAUUAGAUAUGAUUCUGCGAUUCCGAUCUCUAUAUAUAUAUUUACGUAAAAAAUGAAUUUGGCUUAAGCCCUGUUGAUAGCAAUUGGAUGACAAUUGAAUGGUACGUGUAACGUUUAAAUGCGCUGAAAUGAAUACAGAUCUUUGACUGCUAAAACUAUAAUCAAAGAAUUUUACCGCUUUGGCCUAAAUCGAUUAUAUCGAUACGAUGACCGUGUGAAGCUAUGCAAAUUUUGACUGUAUUUAACUUAAUUGUUCACAGUGCAUUUAAUAGACGUACGAGACAGCUUCGUAUUAGCAAAAUCCAUCCAUUAACAUUUUUGUGUGACCGUAAUUUAAGACGUUGCGCGUCUUGCGAUUGCAAACCGAUGUAUUAUCGCUCAUUGUUAUUAUAUAUAAAGCAAACUUAAAAGUAAAUAUAGAUUGUUAAUCAUCGUAAAA